AGCAGACCCUCGACCAACACUCCUCGACGCCGUGGACGACAUCGGCGACGCUCGCUCAAUGACCAUUGUGUAAUAACAUUCAUCCCCAAAGUCGACGACCACCGUCGCGAUCUAUUAUGUCUGGCUUCUCGUUCUUCCCCUCCAAGUUCCUGUCCUCGAUGAGUCCACGCGACCGUCCCUCUGACCCGCUCUCCCGCCUCCGCUUUGCUCUCGAAACCAUGCCAGGCUCGCGAAAAUACGUCUUCACCCCAGCAACCCGCGCAGAGAUCCUCACAGAACUCUACGACGCCUUCUGGGGAGCCCACCCACACCUCUUCCUUCCAUUGUCAUCCAACGCGAGCCUCACCUCCGGCCAUGCCCUUCUCAGCGAGGCUCAAGCGUCGGUCAACUUUGGUGGUGCAGGGCUCGACAAUCCACCCGUCCAGGGAAGACCAUGCGGCCACAUUUUUACAAAGGGAGAGAGCUGUUUUAGGUGCAAGGACUGCGCGCUUGAUGAUAGCUGCGUGCUCUGCUCGCGCUGCUUCCACGCCAGUGACCACUCGGACCAUAACGUCAGCUUCUUCAUCGCCCAGCAGUCCGGCGGCUGCUGCGACUGCGGCGACGUCGAGGCCUGGCGCCAGGCUGUCGGCUGCCCUCUCCAUCCGCCCUCCACCGAGGCUCAACAAGCCAUCGCCGCCGAACUCGCCGAGCUCCGCUUCAUACCCGGCACCACCGCCCGCCCGAUCAUGGGCGUCGACGUCCCACCGGUCCCCGCCUACCCGCACCGCGCGCAGGUGCCACCCGAGCUGCGCGAGCAGAUGUCACGCACCAUCGCUUAUGCGCUCGAUUUCCUCUUGGACACGCUCGACUACUCCCCCGACGAACCGAACGUGCCGAGCAACGAAGCUGAUCUCCGCUUGCAGCGCAGCGCAGACCCAAUGCAGAAGGAGCAGUAUUGUCUGGUGCUGUGGAACGACGACAAACACUCGUUUGACGAGGUUAUCGAGGUCAUCGUCGAGACCACCGGACGGGACCGCGCUGAGGCGGACGGGCUCUCGCGGGCGAUUGACGAGCGCGGGAGGGAGAUCAUCGACAUGCACAGCAACGUGGCGGCUCUCUUGGACGCAGCGCAGCGCAUGGCCAAGAUCGAGUUGGGAGUGACGGUGCGGAGGGCGUAUGACACGUUCCGCGAGCAGGUCGCUGUUGUGCUCAUCGAGUGGCUUCUCGACCUCACGAAGGCUCGCAUGUCGGGCGACGCGCUUAUUAUCUCGGAAAUCCUGGUGUCGGAGCUGCUCUCGCCGCGGAAGAGAGAGGGAAGCAUGUUCAGUGGGAGCAAUCCGCUUCCGGAGUUCAUGGCAGACGUCAACAGUCCAUGCAGGAUUGACUGGCUGUUCCUCUACCAUACGCGCUUGUGGAAGAAACCCCGGAUCAACCUCAAGGAGAUGUACGCAUCCAUUCUGACGAUCAACCAUGCUCACAAGCUUGCUAUGGGAAGCCACUUUGCAAAUGUGUAUCAUCGCGUCGUCGACGCCUACCUCCUCGUCGACCGCGAAGCCGAAACUUCGAUCAAAUACUUCGCCCUUCAGUUAUUCACUGUCCCCUCCGUGUCGUCCUACAUUGUUCGGAACCACAACAUCGUCUCGCGCCUGCUCGACAUCAUCACAGGCUUCUUCACGAACCAAAUCCAGGGAAAACACAUCCUCCCAACGCAGCCCUCCUCCACCGCCGCAGCCGCCGAGCUCGACGUCGAAUCUUUCCCGUUCAAGAGCAAGCGGUUCAUGCCUGUGUUCAGCGACCUGCGCUACCUAUGCCACAACACACCUGUGCAGGCGCUCAUCGCGACGCACCACGGCUUCAUCCGCGACUUCGCGCGCGUGUGCGCACUGUUCAUGUGCGUGAACCCAAACCGGCGCGCGGCGAGCAGCCACGUCGAGUACGAGACGGACGCGUGGAUAUCGGUGUUCAACGUCACGCUCUCGCUCGCGCGCGUCGUCAAGGUGUACGGCGCGGCGUUCGCGAAGGCGACGCCGGCGGCGCUCGUUGCGGCUAUUACGGAGGUCGUGCAUGAGAUUCUGAUGGUGUGCACGCUUGUGAGCGAGCGGCUGGAUAGGAGCAAGUAUGGCCCGCCGGUGUUUCAUGCGGUCGAGUUUGCGGGCGCGGUGUAUCAGGUGGUGCAGUUUGAUGUGCUGGAGGGAUGGGUGAGCUUCCACCAUGCGCUGCACUGGUUGCUCGCGGAGCUGGUGAAGCAUGUGGAUCUACUGGACGAGAGCGCGUUGAAGGAGGUGGGGUUGACGGGAAUAAGGGAUGUGUUUCUGAGGAACGCGAGCGAGCAGGCGAUUUUGACGAUGAUUGAUUUCCCACUGCGAGUUCUAGCGAUGAUCGCACAGAUCCGUGCAGGUCUCUGGGUGCGCAACGGCUUCCCGAUCCGUGGGCAGCUCCUGCACUACCGCGACUUCAUGCUCCGUGAACUCUGCUACGACCAGGAUAUCUUCGUCGUGCAGAGCGCAUUCGUUAUCCUCGACCCGGAUACUGUUCUUGUCAGCAUCCUCGAUCGCUUCGGCCUCGUUACAUACUUCACUGGCGAGCUGCACGAGACGCCGUACGAGCCCGCGCAACAGGCCGCACUCGUCGAAGAAGCGCUUGGGCUUAUUAUCACCCUCCUCUCCGAACGCGGCGCCCCUUCGCAAACGCCCCUGCCCGCUGCCGUGCGGCGCGAGAUCAUCCACGCGCUCGCGAUGGGCCCCGCGACGUUCACGGACCUCGUCAAGCGUGUGGCGGAGCGGAUGGUGGACGACGUAUGCUUCGAGCGCGUGCUCCGCGAGGUCGCGCACUUCCGCGCGCCGGAGAGCACGACGGACACGGGCACGUACGAGCUGCGCGAGGAGCUGUUCGGGGAGGUGAACCCGUUCUUCUACCAUUACACGCGUAACAAGCGCGAGGAGGUCGAGGUCGUGCUCAAGGCGUGGCUCCGCCGCACGACGGGCGAGGAGGACCCUGUGAUUGUGCCGAAGCCGCUGGGCAUUGAGAAGGGGCCGUUCUCGAUUCUUCCGGUGGUGUUCCAGAGCGAGGCGCUGUUGCAGGUUAUGUUCUUUGCGAUCUACAAUGUGCUGGAUCUUACGGAGGAGGCGGGAUCGCCGCCGCCCAGCGCAGAGGCUAUUCUUGACGAGGCGCUGCACCUUAUAAUGCUUGCGCUUGUGGAGAAGCCGGACGUCUUUACGCGGCUCGCGGCUGUUCGCGGAUUUGCGACCGAGGUGGAGGAUGGAGAGAACCCGAGCACGAACAACCCAAACAAUACCACUAGCAGCCUGUUGGACGUUAUCUGCCUUCUGGAGCACGACGAGAACUACAAGACAUACAAGGCACGCUGCGCCUGGAUCCUUGAACGUUUCUCGCAACACGUGCCCGACGAGGUGCGCGAGCGGCGUAAGAUCGAGGAGAUACCCGAUAUUGCUGCCCCUGACCCGGCCAGCGCGCGCAAGGCAACGGCGCGAGCAAGGCAGGAUGCACUGAUGAAGCGGAUGAAGGAGCAGCAAGCGCAGUUCGCGGACAACUUUGACGCUGGUGGCGACGACGAAAGUACCGACGAUGCUAUGUCGGAAGUAAUUGAGGAGCCGGAGACGUUCGGGACGUGCAUUGUCUGCACGGAGGAGCUUACGAGUGCCCGCGCGUUUGGCUCACUUGGGCUCGUGCAGGCGAGUCGGUUCCUCAGGAAGCAUCCCGACAGCCAGAGCCAGUACCUCAACGAACUCAUGAAUCUGCCUGACUCGCUGGACGGGCCCAUGGAGGAGAGGGAUAUGACGUUCCCGCCAAAGAUUUCCGCGGAGGCAGCCAACAUCCCGCAGAAUUUCGAUGCAUUCCCUGCCCAGUACACGCGCUUCGGUUUGCACGCGGGCGUCUGUGGCCACAUGAUGCAUCUUGAGUGCUUCCAGGUGUAUAGUGUAUCGAUUCGGCAACGACACCGCCAGCACGCGACGCGAAACCAUCCAGAGAAUAUUCCCCGGAAGGAGUUCAUCUGUCCUCUGUGCAAGAGCCUCGGCAAUAUCCUCCUGCCCGUAUCGCGACCACCGCCGCUGACGAAGAGCACGAUCCCGUUUCCGGAUUGGAUUCGCGCGGCGGGCAUCGGGAUCCUCAAAUCGAAGCCGGACGCAGCGAUGGACGCGCUGCAGUUCCGAAACGGCACAGGCGAGUUCGUCUUCUGGAGCGCGCAGGACCCUGGAUACUCGUCGUCCGUGAGAAAAGCGGAGGCAUCGGAUGUGUCGAAGAUGCUGGACAGUAUCAUGACCAUCUCGAAGAACGUAUCACAGCAGACAAGGCACCUGCGUGAUCGGCCAGAGCCUGAUACUGGAGAACGCGGAGCGGGGAUAUACCUGCCGGAGGAGCUCAUCGGGUACACGCUCUCGUCAAUCGAGGUUGGCAUGCGUGGCGUAGGCGACGAAGAGGGUGUUCUCGCGGACCAUUUGACGGAGUCGCAGACAAGGAUGAUCAGGGGGAUGCUGUCGUGCCUCAACCGCUUAGGCGCACUCGAGCUGAACGACAGAGCGGAUGGGGGCCGCGAGUCGAUCAAGCAGGCGAUCAUCAAGCGUUUGCUCCCUGAGUGGAGUCGCACGUCGCUCACGUCGUUUUCUUACCCAUUGCUUUUGCGCGACCCCUUGACGAUCCUUGUCGAAACGGCGGCUGUCGCCCCGGAUAUGCUGCAGCACGUCCUCGUCUUGACGUACUAUGCUUGCCUUGCGCGGACCGUCAUCGGCAUGGUCUACGUCUUGAACAAGGCACGAAGCACAUCGUCGGUGCGCUCCGUCUCGCGGAACCAUCAAUCUAUCUUCGGCGACAUACGGGUGUUCUUCAUGUCCGUGGUCCGCCAUUCUCCCAUCUUUGACCACAACGCCAUGCUCGUGUUCGAGACGUUCGGUGAAGCGCGUAUCGAGAAGAUGCUCUACGCGUACACACUCCCCUUCCUCCGGCGCGCCGCCCUCCUCUGCCGCGCAGUCGCCCCCAAUGUCUUCCCCACUCCCACGGCUGGUGACGCGAUGUCAGGCGCCUCGAACGAGUACGAACGCCUUCUCAGUGUGCUUGGCAUUCCGCCCCUUGCCGAUUUGCCCAAUCAGGAUACGCUACAAAACGCCCUCUCGGGCUGGUGUGCUCACUAUGGACACUCGCAUGCGGCGUCGCAGCUCAACUGCGGGGUGGUCCUCGAUUACGCUGGAGUGUACCAGCUGGCGUCGCUGCCUACUGUCCUGGAUGACCUAUUCAGCGGCAGUGGGCGUGAACGGCUGAUGAAGUGCCAGCGGUGCGGGACAGUGCCAGCUGACGCGGUGAUUUGUCUUAUUUGCGGGGCGGCAUGUUGCAUGCUGAGCCAUUGCUGUUUCGACUCGGAUAUGGGGAGGGGCGAGUGUAAUAUGCAUCUGCGAGAGUGCGGUGGUGCUAUUGGUGUGUAUUUUGUCGUGAAGCGAUGCGCUUUGCUCUAUGUGUACCCAAACCUGGGCACCUUUGUGCAAUCGCCCUAUCUGGAUGCUCAUGGAGAGGUGGAUACGUCAAUGCGGCGUGGCCGGAGACAAUAUUUGCACCCUGCUCGCUGGGAGGAGAUACGCAAGACCUGGAUCAACCACUCGAUUCCAACAGUCAUCGCACGCAAACUCGAAUCUUCGGUCGACAACGGGGGCUGGGAGACGUUAUGAUGUCCUUCUAGCAGGCUUACGUAUUCGUCACGUUGUUGACGGGAUACUUAUCUGUAUGUAUCAUAAUGUUGUAGCUAUCGCUGUCUUGUUAUCCCAUUCCAACUUAGACAACAUGAUAUAAACUAGAGAUAAAG